UCCUGAGCGACACGGUUUGUAGUGCGACUCGCCUUCUAAAGUGGGCAAGUUACGCAGCCGAUACAUGGCUGUUUGGCGCCUGGCACCGUUGCUCUCGAUCUGUGCGCUGGCAUUCGUUUCCGCGUCGCUGGCCUCUCCCAGCCAGCUCCUGCAGGUGUUUAUCGAUCUCGUGGUGGCUGCGUCAGGGAGUCCACGGUCGAAUGGCACCGGCUGCAGCCCGCCGUACCACCGCCACCACGAAGCGGAGAAGACGGAGUACCUUCAGAUGUUGAAGGCCUUGUCGAAGGUAGCCAAGGUCGUGGAUCACGAGGGACGACAGUUCGAGGAACCGCUCGAAGAUGACGCAGGGUCUGGCAGCGAGGCGACUGCGACGACUCGUCACGGCAAGUCGUUUAUCAACCGGAUUCCAAAUUUCAAGAAGUGCCCUCCAGGUCAACAGAUUGACAGGAUAGGAAAAUGUCGGAAAGUGAUCAGCGACUCGAAAGUGUGGGCGACAUGAGCUACAGUCGUGGGCCCAUCCCCGCGUCGGCGCUGGCGCUGCUGCUGCUGGUGCUGGUCGCCACGACGGUGCUGCCACCACCGGCAGAGGCGGGCUUCUUCUUCGGCAGGCGGCAGCAGAGCCCGGCGCUCAGCUGGUGGCCGCAGCGUUCGCGGGUGGCCCCUGCCACCGCCACCACCACUGGCGCACCCCCUGCAUCCGACCAGCCCGGGACUAAGGCCAUGCUGAACUCGAUGCCCAGCUUCAAGUCCUGCCCGUACGGCCAGCAGCGCGGGCACGACGGCAAAUGCCGGAGACAGAUCUUCAGAUAGUCCCACUGCACAAUCCACGUGCUGCCCCAUAUCCGUCUCUUAUCGUUUUGCGUCCUGAGCCACAAUCGCGUCUCUUCCGUUAUACUGUUAGUGAAGUGUCUUGCUCACUUUGUGUAGAAACUUAUUUUUUACUCGCAAAUAAAUCGUGCUGUAUUGAAGCGAAA